GUAGGCAGCGUCGGGUGCCAAUGUGCGUGCUGUUCAAGAUGGAAAGGAAGAUGGAGGAAAACGUCAGAGACCCCGAUACUGGGAGUGAGGCUGGAGGUGAGGACUCUUUAGUGGGCAAUGUGAGCAAGCUGCAGGUUACCCCACCUGGUUACACCGGCCUGCCCAGAAAAGGACACCUUGUCUUUGAUGCCUGCUUUGAGAGCGGUAACCUGGGACGGGUGGAUUACAUCAGUGAGUUUGAGUUUGACCUUUUCAUCCGGCCAGACACCUGCAAUCCACGAUUCCGAGUCUGGUUCAACUUCUCUGUGGAAAACGUACGGGAGUCCCAGAGGGUUAUAUUUAACAUUGUGAACUUCAGCAAGACCAAGAGCCUCUACAGAGAUGGGAUGUCUCCAGUGGUGAAAUCAACCAGUCGACCAAAAUGGCAAAGGCUUCCAGCAAAAAACGUGUACUACUACCGGUGUCCAGACCACCGCAAGAACUACGUGAUGUCCUUUGCCUUCUGCUUCGACAAGGAAGAUGACGUGUACCAGUUUGCGUACUGCUACCCGUAUACCUACUCACGCCUUCAGCACUAUCUGGACAGCCUGGAGAGGAGGAAUCUGGACUAUUUCCAGAGGGAUCUGCUGGGACUCAGUGUGCAACAGAGACGGCUUGACCUCCUGACUGUAACGAGUCGAGCUAACCUGAGGCCUGGGGCUGAUAAGAAGGUGGUGUUCCUCACAGCUCGUGUCCACCCAGGGGAGUCUCCAGCUUCUUUUGUCUGCCAAGGUGUGAUUGACUUCCUGGUGAGCCAGAAUCCAGUGGCCAGGGUCCUGAGGGACCACGUGGUGUUCAAGAUUGUGCCCAUGCUCAACCCGGACGGGGUCUAUCUGGGGAACUAUCGGUGUUCUCUGAUGGGUUUCGACCUGAACCGUCACUGGCAGGACCCCUCCCCCUGGGCCCACCCCACCCUGCACGCUGUCAAGCAGCUGAUCGUUGCGAUGAACAACGACCCUAGGGUGAGCCUGGAGUUCUACAUUGAUGUGCACGCGCACUCCACCAUGAUGAACGGCUUCAUGUACGGCAAUGUCUUCGAGGUGGAGGAACGAGUCCACAGACAGGCCGUCUUCCCCAGACUGGUCUGCCACAACGCUCCCGACUUCUCCUUCUCAAGCACUUCCUUUAACCGCGAUGUGGUGAAGGCAGGAACUGGGCGUCGCUUCCUGGGCGGUCUCCUUGACGACACAUCCUACUGCUACACACUGGAGGUGUCCUUCUACAGUUACAUGGCAGGGGUCAGCAGUGUGCCUGUCCCCUAUACUGAGGAGACCUACAUGAAGCUGGGCAGGAAUGUAAGCCGCACCUUUCUGGAUUACUACCGCCUCAACAACCUGAUCACGGACAACAGCUUGACUCACAUUGGCAGAGAUGUGUUAUCCUACGGAAGGCUUGUGAAUGGCCAGCGAAGUCUCCAGGAUGGAGGAAAGUCUGAAAAAAGAGGGUCUGGAAACCGAGGAGACUGUUAGCGACAGACCUUCCAGCAGCCAGCCACCACUUUAAAACAAGACCAGCCACAUUGAAGGAGGACAGACCCACUGCAAAAAAAAACUAAGACAUUAAUACACAUUAGGAUUUAAGUUACCAUUGUGCACUCAAGCUGCACAGUGCGGAUCGAGAUUAAUGCGCCAAAUAUUGAAAUCAGUUUGUAAGCAAAUAUUUGCACUUGCUGCUUCAAGUUCUAUCCUGAAAACAACAAAGAACAAUUGGGAGUAGUAUUAAUAACAUGUUUUUAUAUACAAACCAAAAGUUUUGAAAAUUCAGUGUUUCGUGUGACUUGUAGCCAUCGACACCUUUGUUGUUUUAAAUAAUACAUUUUAUUAUAUAUUAUCAGUGAUCGGCAAUGGCAUUUUGAUCAGCUGAAUUAUUUUUCUCUCCGAUAUCAUCUUACACAAAUUUAAAAAAAGAACCGUACAAUAAUAACCCAGGAAUUGUCAAGACCAAUCCUUUAGGAGACGCUAUCGAGCGGCCAAACGAUUGUCUGAGCAUGCCUUUGUUAUGCAGUUGACUUCCGCUUUUAAAACGCUGUCCUCUCAAGUUUGAUGUUUUGAUGUUUUAUUAAAAAUAAAAUGUGUCUUUUGAAA